CGGCGGCUUCCGGCGCGGCUCCUCCAAGCCCGUAGCGGCCGGAUCAUGGACCGCAACCCGUCGCCGCCGCCGCCGACCCGGGACGAGGACGACGAGGAGGCGGCCGGGGGCGACUGCAUAGGGAGCACGGUGUACAGCAAGCACUGGCUCUUCGGCGUCCUCAGCGGGCUUAUCCAGAUUGUUAGCCCUGAAAACACCAAAUCCAGCUCAGAUGAUGAGGAGCAGCAGCAGAUGGAGCUUGAUGAAGAAAUGGAGAAUGAAAUUUGCAGAGUAUGGGAUAUGUCAAUGGAUGAGGAUGUGGCUUUAUUUCUCCAAGAAUUUAAUGCUCCUGACAUAUUUAUGGGCGUAUUGGCCAAAUCCAAAUGUCCUCGAUUAAGAGAAAUCUGCGUGGGAAUUUUAGGUAAUAUGGCCUGUUUCCAGGAGAUAUGUGCAUCCAUCAGCAAUAAUAAAAAUCUUGGACAGGUAUUAUUGCACUGUUUGUAUGAUUCAGACCCUCCUACACUGCUGGAAACAAGCAGGUUGUUUCUAACGUGCCUUUCCCAGACAGAAGUGGCCAGUAUCUGGGUUGAAAGAAUCCAGGAACAUCCAGCUAUUUAUGAUAGCAUUUGCUUCAUCAUGUCAAGUUCAACAAAUGUUGACUUGCUGGUGAAGGUGGGGGAGGUUGUGGACAAGCUCUUUGAUUUGGAUGAGAAGCUAAUGUUGGAAUGGAUUAGAAAUGGGGCUGCUCAGCCUGUGGACCAACCCCAGGAAGAUUCUGAAGAACAGCGAGUGUUUAGAAUUGUGCCCUGUGUGCUUGAAGCUGCCAAACAAGUACGUUCUGAAAAUCUGGAAGGACUCGAUGUUUACAUGCACAUCUUACAGCUACUUACCACAGUGGAUGAUGGAAUUCAAGCAAUUGUACAGUGUCCUGAUACUGGAAAAGACACUUGGAAUUUACUCUUUGACCUGGUCUGCCAUGAAUUCUGCCAAUCUGAUGAUCCACCCAUUAUACUUCAAGAACAGAAAACAGUGCUGGCCUCUGUUUUUUCAGUAUUGUCUGCCAUCUAUGCUUCACAGGUUGAACAGGAGUAUAUAAAGGUAGAAAAAGUAGAUCUUCCUCUAAUUGACAGCCUGAUUCGUGUCUUACAAAAUAUGGAACAUUGUCAGAAGAAACCAGAGAACGCAGCAGAGUCUAGUACAGAAGAAACUAAAAAGUCUGAUUUAACCCAAGAUGAUUUCCACUUGAAAAUCUUAAAGGAUAUUUCAUGUGAAUUUCUUUCUAAUAUUUUUCAGGUAUUAACAAAGGAGACUGUGGCUAAGGGACUAAAGGAGGGCCAGCUAAGCAAGCAGAAGUGUUCCUGUGCAUUUCAAAACCUCCUUCCUUUCUAUAGCCCUGUGGUGGAAGACUUUCUCAAAAUCCUAUAUGAAGUUGAUAAGACCCUUGCUGGUGACCUAAAAGAAAGUUUCCCAAGUUUAAAGGUUAAGACUUAAGAACUGAAUUGUAAUUUCCUCUUCCCAAGAAAUAAACUUUGUUAUUAUUAUUUUUUUUACUGACAGUUGAAAUUGACAUAUAGGAAGUAUUAAAUAAGCCUAUGUAAGAACAUAGUUGUCUGGUAUUAACUCAUGCCCUUCUCCUUCCCCUAGCCUUAUCUCACUUUUGUUUAGUAUUGGAACCUGGAGUUUCAUUACCAUCAAACACCUCCUCCCCCCUUUUUUUGUAUUGGUUAUGUGGUAUUUGUCAUCUUUAGGUAAAGAAAACAAAAAUACAAGCUUAUCAUUGAGGUUCUUUAGCUUUGUUACAGUUCAAUUCUUUUCAGUGUUGUAUAUAUAAAGAUACAAAUGCUAACAUUUUGAUGAAGAUACAUUAGUCAAAUUUUCUAUUUUUAGCAUAAUUCCAGUGGUUUUCAGAAAAUGAUUCAUUUGAGUGAAUUCAGAUUUUUAAAAAUAAGGCUGAGUACUUUCAUAACUUCUGAUUGUUUGCAAACUGUGCUAUAUACAUGAUUUCCUUCUCAUACUUUAUCAUUCUUUAUAGUGUUACCUAAUGAAAUAUAUUCAGAGAAUCAACCAGGCACAUUUAACAGAAGUAUACUUAACAGAAGCAUUAUUUCAGUUACUGGAAGUGGAAUUUUUAAUAGUUUAUAAGAAAAUAUCAGUUAUGAAGAACAAAACCAGCUUUUUAAACCUCUCUUUUGGUACUACCUCUUCCUGGCUUAUUGCAGAAUCUUUUUGGCUUUAAAGCAUUAGUCUUGCCUCACACUUUGUAUUCUUUUCUUGACUGACUUGCUAAAAAUACAGGGAUACUGUUGUUGGUAAGAGAGAAAUAAUUUCCAGUUUGGAGAUAGUUUUAUUGUUGUGAGUGUACCUGCCGAAAAGAAUUGAACCAUAAAGUCAGAGUCUUACUGAUUAAACUUUAAUUGGUAGGUUUAUUUUAUGUCUGUUUGUAUGUUUUUGGUGAUAAUCUAUCCAUAAGCUGAACGUGACUGUAUUUAACAUGAAAUUUCAAAGGCACUGAUGAAAUUACUCCUGCCUGUUAGCCGGUGCUAAAAAUUCCACUCUUAUUAGCUCUAGAAGUUUAAGGUUACGAUGCAGAUAAUCCCAUAAGAGAAUACUCCACGUUAUUAGUCAUGUUUACCUCAGUGCACAGUAAUCUCACAUUUUGUUUUCCUGAGAACACCUUUUUAGAAGGACCUUGGGUAUCUGAGGGAAAAAGUGCCCUUCACAGCCAGCAAGUGACAGGAGAAAAGGGUGCAUUGUGUGAAGACUGGGCAUGUCCAAGUUAUAGUUAGCUUCCCCUUUCUGCUUUCAACCUCCCCUAUUGUUAUUUGUUGUUACUGUAACAUUACGAUUUAUUUAUUUAAAAUAAAUGAAUCCCAUUUAUUUUCACGUUUGAUAUGUUUGAAAACUUCCUAAAUCUAUACAUUAUAAUAAAUAGUUUUUUAAAAUCAAGA